GUUUUUUUCCCUCUGUUUAGGUGUGUUUCCGAAUGGGGAAAUGGGGGCAGAAACGGUGUAUAUUGCCCUUGGCUAUGGGCUCCCGCUUUUGGAUUCCUGCUUCGGGUGAAAGCAGCGACAUGAUUUCAUUUCGGUUGGUUAUAUUGCUGUUGGCAGCUUGUUCCCAUUUGUCCAACCGUGUAAAUGGUGACCUGGUUUGUCAUCCAGAUACAUUCACUUGCUCCAGUGGCAAAUGUGUUUCCAAAACAUUUGUCUGCAAUGGUGUAGAUGACUGUGGCGAUGGAAGUGAUGAAGGCAGCUGUAUUCCACACUCUUGUGGCUCCCGUGAGUUUCGGUGUAGUAGUUCGGAAUGCAUCCCUCUCAGCUGGUUGUGUGAUAGGCAUACUGAUUGUGCUGACCAGUCGGAUGAAUCCCCAGACCACUGUGGACAUGUGCUGCCUGCAGUUGUGACUUGUUCUCCUACAGACUUCCAGUGUGAUUCUGGUGAAUGCAUUCAUCAUCUGUGGUCCUGCGAUGGUGAUAGUGACUGCAAAGACGGAAGUGAUGAAGCCAAUUGUUCACUUAAGAUCUGUAAGCCUGAUUAUUUUAAAUGUGACAGUAGCUGUAUUCCUGAAAGCAAGAAAUGUGAUGGUUUUAAGGAUUGUCCGGAUGGCAGUGAUGAAUUUGACUGCAAGAUUCCAGACUGCGCAGGACCUUUAAAUUUCAGGUGCCAAAGCGGAGAAUGCAUAAAUUCAUCCAAACUGUGUAACCGGCAGCAAGAUUGCAAGGACUGGAGUGAUGAGCCACGUGAUAAAUGUAAUUUGAAUGAAUGCUUGAUGAGCAAUGGUGGUUGUUCUCACAUCUGCAGAGAUCUUCCCAUUGGCCAUGAAUGUGACUGUCCUCCUGGCUUUGAACUGCUUGACAGAAACUCUUGUGCAGAUGUUGAUGAAUGUCAGAAUCUGGAGAUCUGCAGUCAAAUCUGUGUCAAUUUAAAGGGGAGCUAUAAAUGUGACUGUCACAAAGGAUAUCACCUGGAUCCACUCAGUGGGGGUUGCAAGGCUCAAGGGGAUGAACCUGCUUUAAUUUUUGUCAACCGCCAUGACAUCAGGAAAAUUGGAUUGGAGCAUUUGGAAUACACUCAAGUUGUUGACCAGUUACGAAACGCUAUAGCACUUGAUGUUGACCUUGGAACUCAGAAAAUCUUCUGGGCUGAUUUAGUAUAUCAAGCAAUUUUCAGUAAAUUAUUGGAUGAGCAUGAUGGUAAAAAUACAGUCUCCAGAGCGAUUAAGGAUGUAAAAAUCCCUGUGGGAAUUGCUAUUGACUGGAUCUACAAGAACAUUUAUUGGAUAGAUGUAGGCACUAAAACACUCUCUGUGGCCAACUUUGAUGGGACAAAAAGGAAGAUUCUUUUUCGAACUGACCUGAAGGAACCAGCAUCCGUAGUUGUUGAUCCACUGACUGGGUUUAUAUUCUGGUCAGACUGGGGCGAGCCAGCAAAGAUUGAAAAAGCAGGAAUGAAUGGUGCUGCCCGCCAGCUGUUGGUUACCAGAGAGAUUCAGUGGCCAAAUGGCAUUUCACUGGACCUCGUGAAAAGGCGCCUCUAUUGGGUGGAUUCGAAACUGCACAUGUUAUCAAGUGUGGAUCUAAAUGGUCAGGAUAGAAGAAAUAUAUUGCAGUCUGAAGAAUUCCUUGGCCAUCCUCUUGCCAUAUCUGUGUUUGAGGAUCGUGUCUUUUGGAUUGAUAGCGAGACUGAAAAAAUCUAUAGUGCCAACAAGAUCACAGGAGCUGAUAUGGUACCUUUGGCCUCCAAUCUUGAAGAACCUCAUGAUAUUAUUGUUUAUCACGAUUUAGUUCAGCCAUCAGGCAGAAACUGGUGCAAUGACCGUGUUAGUGGAGGCUGUGAAUAUCUGUGUCUCCCUGCUCCUCAGAUCAGUAUUAAUUCGACUAAAUUCACCUGUGUUUGUCCAGAUGGUAUGCAAUUAAUCGAAGAUGGAAAACAGUGUAUCAAUGCUUCAACUCUCACCUGUGGAGUAUCAGACUUCAUAUGUCAUAAUGGCCAGUGCUUACCUGGUAAAUGGAAGUGUGAUGGGGAUGUCGAUUGUGAAGAUGGUUCUGAUGAACUUCCAGUACUUUGCCACAUGAGUGCCUGUGCUAUUAAUGAAAUCCACUGUGGCCCUGAAUCACUUAGGUGUAUCCCAGCAUCCUGGAAGUGCGACGGGGCGAACGACUGUGAAACUGGAUAUGAUGAGGAGCACUGUGGCACUCCGUCUUGCAGUACAGAGGAGUUUACUUGCUCCACUGGCAGAUGUACUUCCAUGGCAUUUGUGUGUAAUGGCGAAGAUGACUGUGGUGAUGGCAGUGACGAAAAUAACUGUCCUUCCUUUUCCUGUGGUCCACAUGAGUUUCAUUGUAACAGUUCAGAAUGCAUUCCUCUCAGUUGGGUAUGUGACACCCAUGUUGAUUGCACUGAUCAAUCCGAUGAAUCCCCAGCACAGUGUGGACAUAGUCCUUCACUUAAAACCUGCUCUCCUGAUGACUUCCAUUGUGCCUCCGGUGAAUGCAUCCACAUUAGAUGGUACUGUGAUGGUGAUGUAGACUGUAAAGAUGGAAGUGAUGAAGUCAGCUGCUCUUCUCGGAUGUGCCGACCAGGUUCCAUUCAAUGUGGUAGUGGCAAUUGCAUUUCAAAAAGCAAGCAGUGUAAUGGAUUUAAAGACUGCCUUGAUGGCAGCGACGAAUUGGACUGCGAGAAUGGUAAGUAUACAGUUCUAAUAGGUGGGAAUUAAUGCACGUCACUAGACAUUUUAUGACCGGCUUUUCUUCCUCAAGAAUGCACAGGAGUCAAUGACUUCAAAUGUCAAAGUGGCGAGUGCAUAGAUCAAAUCAAAGUGUGUAAUCGGCAUCCUGAUUGCAAGGACUGGAGUGACGAGCCCCUCGAGAUAUGCCAUCUAAAUGAAUGCUCCAUGAACAAUGGUGGUUGCUCCCAUAUCUGCAGAGAUCUCGUCAUUGGCUAUGAAUGUGACUGCCCUGAUGGCUUUGAGUUGAUCGAUGGAAAAAUCUGUGAAGAUACUAAUGAGUGUCAAAAUCCUGGCAUCUGCAGUCAAAUUUGUAUUAAUUUGAAAGGAAGCUACAAAUGUGGAUGCUUUGCAGGCUAUCGCAUGGAUCCAAUUAAUCAAGUCUGCAAGGCAGUAGGAGGCAAAGAGCCUUAUUUGAUCUUCGCAAAUCACCAUGACAUCCGCAAGCUGGGACUACAUCACCAGGAGUACACCCAAAUUGCUGCGCAGCUGAGGAAUGCUGUGGCCCUGGAUGCUGAUGUUGCAGAGGAGAGAAUAUUUUGGGCUGAUGAGGGUCAGCAGGCUAUCUUCAGUUUGUCCAUGCGUGAGAAGAAAAUUCUUGAUGUUUCAAGGAUCCUUAAAGAUGUAAACAAUCCAAAGGGAAUUGCAGUGGAUUGGAUAUAUAAGCAUAUCUACUGGACUGAUGAUGGUGCCAAAACUGUAUCUGUGGCUACUUUCAAUGGAACUGAAAGGAAGGUCCUCUUUGACACCGGCCUGAGGGAGCCAGCAUCUGUGGCAGUUGAUCCAUUGACAGGGUUUAUUUAUUGGUCGGAUCUAGGAGUACCAGCAACAAUAGAGAAAGCUGGUAUGAAUGGUAUUAGCAGGCAGCUUCUGGUUAAUGCAGAGAUUGAAUCGCCAAAUGGCAUUGCACUUGAUCUUGUGAAAAGUUCUCUUUAUUGGGUUGACUCCAAACUGCACUUGUUAUCCUAUAUUAACUUCAAUGGACAAAACAGAAGAACAGUGCUUUACUCCUCGGAAUUCCUUGCUCAUCCUUCUGCUGUUGCAGUAUUUGAGGAUCGUGUAUUCUGGACUGAGGAAAUGAACGCUGCCAUCUAUGGAGCCAAUAAAUAUACAGGAGAAGAUGUGGAGACUCUAGUUUCCAACCUUAAUCAACCUCAAGAUGUCUUUAUAUUUCACCCAUUAUUGCAGCCAUCUGGCAAAAAUUGGUGCAAUGAAAAGCUGAAAAGUGGAGGUUGUAAGUACCUGUGCCUCCCUGCUCCACACAUUGAUCAGUUACCCAAAUUCACUUGUGUGUGUCCGUCUGGAGUGGUUGUGGAAAACCAAAGGGAGUGUAAAGCAGACAUAAGAACCUGUCGUAUGAAUGAAAUCAGUUGUGGCACUGAUUCCCUUCAGUGUAUUCCUAUUGACUGGAAAUGUGAUGGUGAAAGAGAUUGCAUUUCAGGCAGUGAUGAAGAGAACUGUGGCAACCUUACGUGUAGUCAAAAAGAAUUUACUUGCUCCAGUGGCAAAUGCAUUUCGAUAUCAUUCAUGUGCAAUGGUGAAGAUGACUGUGGUGAUGGAAGUGACGAAAGGAAUUGUGUUCCUUCCAAGUGUGGCCCACAUGAGUUUCGGUGCAAUAGUUCUCAGUGUAUUCCCAUGGGCUGGGUAUGUGAUACAAAUGCUGAUUGCAGUGAUCAAUCCGAUGAAUCUCCUGAACGCUGUGGGCAUAUUACCCUUCCUCCUACGGUUUGCUCUCCUGGUGAAUUUCGUUGUGGUUCUGGCCAAUGCGUUCCUAGUAAGUGGCAUUGUGAUGGUGAUACAGACUGUCAAGAUGGGAGUGACGAAAUCAAUUGUGCUCCGCUCACUUGCGGACCAGAUGAUUUCAGAUGUGGUAGCAGUGACUGUGUCCAUCAAAGUAAACUGUGUAAUGGAUUUAGAGACUGCCCUGAUGGUAGUGAUGAAACCAUCUGCAAGAGUGAUUGCACAGGAUCAAAUGACUUCAGAUGUCAAAGUGGAGAAUGCAUAGAUAUGUUUCAAGUGUGUGAUCGACAUCAAGACUGCAAGGACUGGAGUGAUGAACCCUCUAAAGGAUGUAAUGUAAAUGAAUGUUUAAUGAACAAUGGAGGUUGUUCUCAUAUCUGCAUCGAUCUACUAAUUGGGUACAAAUGUGGAUGUCCUGCAGGAUUUCAGCUAGCUGAAAGGGACUGUGUAGAUAUUGAUGAAUGUCAAAAUCUUGCAACAUGUAGUCAAAUUUGCAUCAAUUUGGAAGGAAGUUACAAAUGUGAAUGUCACCAAGGAUAUCAAAUGGAUCCAGCCACUGGGAUUUGCAAAGCAGUUGGGAAAGAGCCAUAUUUGAUCUUCACAAAUCACCAUGACAUCAGGAAGCUAGGUCUGCAUCACCAAAAGUACACACAGUUGGCAGUGCAGCUGAGAAAUGCUGUAGCGCUGGAUGCUGAUAUUGCAGGGCAGAUACUUUUCUGGGCUGACGUGGGUCAGCGGGCUAUCUUCAGUGCAUCCAUCAGCAGAGUUGGUGUUUCCAAGGUCCUCAAGGAGAUAGACUUCCCUAUAGCAAUUGCUGUGGACUGGGUUUACAAGCACCUGUACUGGACUGACCGUGGUACAAAGACAAUAUCUGCAGCCUCAUUUGAUGGAAGCAAAAGAUUGACCCUCAUUGAUACUGACUUGAAGGAGCCAGGUUCUGUUGCAGUUGAUCCACUAUCAGGGUUUGUUUACUGGUCAGACUGUGGUGAAUCAGCAAAGAUAGAAAGAGCAGGGAUGAAUGGUGAUAAUCGACAGCUCCUGGUUACCAAGGAGAUUGAGUGGCCAAAUGGCAUUGCACUCGAUCUUGUGAAAGGUCGCCUUUAUUGGGUUGACUCCAAGCUUCAUACGUUGUCAAGCAUUGACCUAAGAGGUCAGGACAGAAUCACGGUGCUGCAUUCGCAUGAAUUCCUUGUUCAUCCUUUGGCACUUUCCAUUUUUCAAGAUAGUGUGUUUUGGAUUGACGGGAUGAACGAAGCCAUCUAUAAAGCCAACAAGUUCAGUGGAGAAGAUCUUACAACUGUGAUCUCUAAUCUGGAUAGACCUCAAGAUCUUAUUGUCUAUCAUGAAUUAAUGCAACCAUCAGGCAAAAACUGGUGUAAAGUGGAGUCAAAAAAUACCCCUUGUGAAUACAUGUGCAUGCCUGCACCUCAAAUUAGCAGUAAUUCAGAAAAAUCAACCUGUAUGUGUCCUUCUGGAAUGAAGCUGGAAAAUGGACGAUACUGUAGAAAAGCUAUUGUGAAUUGCAGUUCAUCUGACUUUGUGUGCCUUAGUGGACAAUGUGUGCCCAAUAAGUGGAAAUGUGAUGGCAAAGCUGAUUGUGAAGAUGGAUCUGAUGAAAAUUCAGAAACCUGUUAUGCAGAACUUUGCCAAAUGCAUGAAAUCAGCUGUGGCCCUGGAUCACAUCAAUGUAUUCCUAUCUCUUGGAAGUGUGAUGGGCAGAAGGACUGUGGUAAUGGCAGUGAUGAAGAGAACUGUGGCAUUCUCACCUGCAGUCCAACAGAGUUUAUCUGCUCUGAUGGCAGAUGCAUAUCCAAGACAUUUGUAUGUAAUGGUGAAGAUGACUGUGGUGAUGGAAGUGAUGAAAAAGGCUGUGCUCCACAUUCUUGUGGCCCACACGAAUUUCACUGCAAUAGUUCAGAAUGUAUCCCACUGAGUUGGGUAUGUGAUACUAAUGCUGAUUGUGCUGAUCAUUCCGAUGAAUCUCUGGACAAGUGCAAACACAUUCAUCCUCCAUUGACUUGUCCUCCAAAUGAAAUUCAAUGUGGAUCAGGCGAAUGCAUCCAUGAUCAUUGGUUUUGUGAUGGAGAUACUGACUGCAAAGAUGGAAGUGAUGAAAUUAAUUGCCCUGCUUGGACAUGUAGACCAGAUCAGUUCAGAUGUGGUGUUGGUGCCUGCAUUCAGAAUGACAGGAAAUGUAAUGGACAAAGAGACUGUCUUGACGGGAGCGAUGAAGUUGAUUGUGGAAGUGCUGCAGUGUGCAGUGGACCUGCUGACUUCAGAUGUGGAAGUGGAGAAUGUAUUCAUAUAACAGAAGUGUGCAAUCAUCGUCAGGACUGCAAAGACUGGAGUGAUGAACCUGCCCAGAAAUGUAAUGUGAAUGAAUGCCUAGUGAACCAAGGUGGCUGCUCUCAUAUCUGCAAGGAUCUGGUUAUUGGCUAUGAAUGUGAUUGUCCUGCAGGUUUUGAGUUAAAUGAGAAAACCUGUGUUGAUGUUGAUGAGUGUAGAAAUCUUGGAACCUGCAGUCAAACCUGCAUCAACUUGGAAGGAAGCUUCCUGUGUGAAUGCCAAAGUGGAUAUCGUGUUGAUGCAGUGAGUGGAACUUGCAAAGCUGUGGGAGGAGAACCUUACUUAAUCUUCACCAAUCGCCAUGAUAUCAGGAAACUUGGUCUGCAUCACAAGGAGUAUGAGCUGGUGCUUGCACACCUGAGAAAUGUUAUUGCACUCGAUGUUGAUAUUGCAGAGAAGAGAAUCUUCUGGGCUGACUUGGGAGACCGUGCAAUCUUUAGUAUGCUAAUGGAUAACAACAAAGGCAACCCUGAUAUUUCCAGAAUUAUUAACAACAUACGCAUUCAUGUGGGAAUUGCAGUGGACUGGAUUUACAACAACAUAUACUGGACUGAUAUGGGUGCCAGGACUAUAUCCGUAGCAAGCUAUGAUGGAAGACGAAUGAAGAUUCUGUUUGACAGUAACUUGAGGGAGCCAGCCUCUAUAGCAGUUGAUCCACUGUCUGGGUAUAUGUAUUGGUCAGACCGGGGUGAACCAGCAGUAAUUGAAAAAGCAGGAAUGAAUGGUAUUGAUCGCAAGCUCCUCGUGACCACAGAUAUCCACUGGCCAAAUGCCAUUACACUCGAUCGUGUGAAAAACCGACUCUAUUGGGUUGACUCCAAGCUGCGCACACUGUCAAGUAUAGAUGUGGUUGGAGAAGAUAGAAGAACUGUCUUGUCUUCACAUGAAUCUCUUGGUUAUCCUUUUGGUGUGUCCUUGUUUGAGGACUCAGUCUUCUGGACUAAUUGGGAGAAUAAUGCCGUUUAUGGAGCUAACAAAUUUACAGGAGAGGAUCUAAUGACUUUAAUCUCCAACCUUAAGGAAGCUCAUGAUAUAAUUGUCUAUCAUGAACUAGCACAGCCGACAGGUAGAGAUUGGUGUAAUGUAAACUUGAAGAAUGGAGGAUGCAAAUAUAUGUGUCUGCCAGCUCCUCAGAUAGACAAACACUCUCCAAAGUAUACCUGUGUGUGUCCAUUUGGGAUGGAGUUGCAAGACGGACAGCACUGCAGAACAGCCAAAGUUAAUUGUGGCUCAACUGAAUUCAAGUGUGAAGAUGGGCAAUGUAUACCAAGCAGGUGGCAGUGCGAUGGUACAAGUGAUUGUGGUGAUGGAUCUGAUGAAAGUUACGAUGUUUGUUAUCUGAGAAAUUGCCCCACUAAUGAAAUUAAAUGUGGCUUUGAUUUCCUUCAAUGUAUUCCGGUUUCCUGGAAAUGCAAUGGAGUAGAAGACUGUGAUGAUGGCAGUGAUGAAGAAAGCUGUGAUGAAGUUAAUUGCAGUCCAUCAGAGUUCACUUGUGCUAAUCACAGAUGCAUUUCCAAGGAAUUUGUAUGUAAUGGUGAAGAUGACUGUGGUGACAGGAGUGAUGAAGAAGGCUGCACUCCACCAGUCUGUGGCCCACAUAAGUUCCGGUGCCUUAAUUCUUCAGAGUGUAUAUCCCUGAAUUGGGUAUGUGACCACAGUGUUGAUUGUAUUGACCAAUCUGAUGAAUCUCCAGCUACCUGUGGUCACACAGAAGCUCCAUUUGUCACCUGUCCUCCAAAUGAAUUCCAGUGUGGUUCGCAUGAAUGCAUCCAUUUCCAAUGGUACUGUGAUGGGGAUACUGACUGCAAGGAUGGAAGUGAUGAAGCCAGCUGUCCUCCUCGGACCUGUAGACCAGAUCACUUUGAAUGUAGCGAUGGUAAAUGUAUCACUGGAAGUAGUCGAUGUAAUGGAAUUACUGAUUGUGCUGAUGGUGGUGAUGAACUCAGAUGUGAAAAGGCUGAGGAGUGUGCGGGGCCCAUUGACUUCAAGUGUCGAAGUGGGGAAUGCAUAAAAAUUGUGCAAGUCUGUGAUCAACAACAGGACUGCAAAGACUGGAGCGACGAACUCUUGGGAAAAUGCAAUGUGAAUGAGUGCUUGUCAAACAAUGGAGGUUGUUCACACAUCUGUCAGGACCUUGUCUUUGGCUAUGAAUGUGAUUGCCCUUUUGGUUUUGAAUUGGUUGGUAAGACCUGUAAAGAUAUUGAUGAAUGCAAGUAUCCUGAAACCUGCAGUCAACUUUGUAUUAACUGGGAAGGAAGCUACAAGUGUGAAUGUUAUGAAGGAUAUUAUAUGGAUCCAACUAAUUUGGUUUGCAAGUCAAUAGGAAGGGAGCCUUUCUUGAUCUUCACUAAUCACCAUGAUAUCCGGAGGCUUGGACUACAUCACCAGGAGUACACCCACUUACCUCUGCAGCCAAGAAAUGCUAUAGCAGUGGAUGCUGAUGUUGCAGAGCAGAGAAUCUUUUGGGUUGACCUGGCACAGCAAACCAUUUUUGGUGUGUCCUUGGAUGAAUGGGAACACGCAACUUUGAUUUCCCAAGUUAAGGUUUCUGGUUCCCCUGGAGGAAUUGCAGUGGACUGGAUCUACAAGCAUAUCUAUUGGACUGAUCGAGGUGACAGGACGCUGUCUGUGGCUACAUUUGAUGGAAGCAAAAAGAAAGUUCUUUUUGACACAGAUUUGAAGGAUCCAGCUUCUAUAGCAGUUAAUCCACUAACUGGGUUUGUUUAUUGGUCAGACUGCGGUGAACCAGCCAUGAUUGAAAAAGCAGGAAUGAAUGGUGCUGACCGCCAGCAACUUGUGACCGCAAAGAUUCAGUGGCCAACUGGCAUUACCCUUGAUCUUGGGAAAAGCCGUUUGUAUUGGGUUGAUUCAAAGAUGCACAUGUUAUCAAGUGUAGACCUAAAUGGUCAGGAUAGAAGAACAGUGCUCUGGUCACUAGAGUUCCUCAUUCAUCCUACUGCUAUUGCUGCAUUUGAGGAUACUGUCUUCUGGACUGAUAAGGAGACUAAAGCAGUCUAUAAAUUUGACAAGUACGCAAGGGAUAAUGUGGUGGUUCUGGUUUCCAACCUUCAUGAACCUCGGGACAUUAUUGUCUACAGUGAGCUGUUACAACCACUUGGUAAAAAUUGGUGUGGCAUAAAAAAGAAGGGGGGCUGUGAAUUCAUGUGCCUUCCUGCUCCUUGGUUUAAUAGCUGGUCACAGAAAUAUACAUGCGUGUGUCCAGUUGGAAAAGAGCUGGAGCUGAACGGACAGCUGUGUAGAAUAGCAAAACAAAAUGUAACGGUUGCAGAAACUUCAACACUGCCAGCCUUGUCCUCUGUUGCUUCAGAACAGUUGCCUUCUAAUUUUCAUACGGCAGUGACAUGGCCUGAAGGUAAAAAUUCAAGUGCUAUCCUCGAGCACAGACGCACGAAUGGCUCUGACGUCGGUUGGAUUGUACUUGUUAUUCUGUUGGUAACCAUGCCUGUUGCAACUGGCUACUUUAAGUGGCGGGAUUGGCAAAAGAAGACCCAGCAAGUCAUGAAUUUUGAGAAUCCAACCUUCCAAAAUGAUUGAUUGCAGAAGCCAUUAAUUCAGUUCAAUGUGUUUUAUCAGUAUUUAAUUACUGGCAUAAUGGCUAGUGAAACAGAACAUGUUUUAAGUGCAACUAAAGCUGGUUGGUUUCUUAAUCAACAAGGUGGAAUCUUCAAAAUUGCUUUUGUACUGUUAACAAAAUAACCUACACUUUUCUGAUUUAUUCAAAAUUGCAUUGAGAUGAUCAUUGCAUUGAAAUGCUGCUGUCUGGUCAAAAAGUAUAUUUUAAUACUUUGAAACAGAAUAAAAUUGCAUA